CCGACGUACCACAUACCUACCAUUUUCCCUCCUCUUAAGACCCGAACGUCUUUUGCACCGAAUCGAACGAAGAAAUCCGUGAUGUCCUUCCCGACUGGUAGUUCAUCUAACGAUCUGAGCAUUGAGCAAGUCUGAAUCUGUCGCGAAUGUGUGGGUUUGGUUCCAACCAAAGUAGAGUAACAGUGGAGCCAGUCGUAUUGAAUGAGACUCUCCGCGCCAAUCUUCCACGAUGUCCUCUUCAAAAGAGCAUCAGGUGCCAAAGCGAAAGCGGGUGUAUCAAGCUUGUGAUCCUUGUCGGAAACGUAAAUACAAAUGCGACGGUGUACGGCCGAGUUGCGGGACGUGUGAAAGAAGCUCUCUGAGCUGCAGCUGGUCAGCACGUAGCUCGGGACACCAGCAGACGGCCACAGACAACGUAGCGGAAACAAAGGAAAAGGGCCCUCGUGCACGCUAUGUAGAUCUAUUGCAAACGAGGCUAAGAGACUUGGAAACGCUAGCUCGAGAACAUGGCCUUGAUCCGGGUGCCCUGCUUUUGGCACAUCAACAGGAGACUGCAAGGAGAGCAUUAGCACAGAGUGCCACCGAAAAUACUGCGGUAACGCCUGAAUUGAUGGACUUGAGUUCAGGAAGUUCUUCUGUGUCGCUCGACUCUUCGGCAAUGUCCAAUUUAGCCGAGGGUAAUGGGCAACUCUCUGAUCAAGCAUUGUCUGAUCUGCUGGCUGAGGAGGAGGAUUAUAGCAACGAGCCUAACAUUGCCCAGACCGCCUUGGAUGAACUCGUAGAGCUCUUUAUCGCAUGCCACUACCACGUACAGCCGCACAACUUUCUCCAUCACUGUACAUUUAUGCGAGAACUACGGAGUCACUCGCCGUUGCUAAUGAAUGCAGUGUAUACCCUUGGAGCAAAGUAUUCAAACCUCUUCCCGGGACGGCCUCAGUACAGGGCUGGCGACUUAUUCUAUGAACGUGCUGAGCAAUUGUUGCAUCAAAGCCAAGCUGCUGCUGACAUUGAAGUAAUCCAUGCCUUGUUACUACUAUCGGCGCACGCUCUGUCCUCGGGCCGUACUCUUACUGGAGUGCAGCACUUGGACAGUGCAAUUAGCAUCGCGCUGUCAUUAGACCUUCAUCUGGAACCGGAGAUCGACCCGUCACAAACGUGGGUCGUAACGGAGACGAGGCGAAGGACAUUCUGGGCCUGCUUUCAUGGAGACCGGCAGAUGGCGAAUCUGGGAUUUCGUCCGCGGCGGAUUUCAUUAGAGAUUGUUCGAGUACAGUUACCUUCUGCCGAGCUUCUCUGGCAAACUGUACUCAAAUCCGGGGAAUCUCCACAACCGGAUGCGAUACGCGACAUUAUGACUGAUCCGUAUAUUGCGUUUCUCAAGCUGCAUGACAUUUUUGAUCGUAUUCUUCCAGACCCUAUACCGAGUGGCCAUCAGGACAAUAUUCGACUCCCAACUUGGCUAUAUUUACCAAACCCGAAUUCAAUGGAAGUCGGAAGUUAUGCGGAUCGCCAGUCACAGCUUCAGGGCUUAGAUCAGGAGCUUCGCGCUUGGUUUGCUGGUCUGCCAUCGUGGGCAACUCAUCUUGGCAAGUACUUCAUACCUGAUCUUACCGCCGAUAAGCCCUUGCAAAGCUGGUUCUGGGUCUCUGUGCAUCUGUUAUAUCACACCUCUCGUUUGCUCCUUCGCUGGCCGGCGAUGAUCGACACAGUACACUCAUCAACGAGUUUAGAAUAUGCGAAGGCAAGCGCUGCUGUUGUAGGAUGUCGGGAGGAAGCGCGGGAGAUAGUACGCAUUUUGGCUGAAGUUAUUUUACCCACCAAUCCGACCAUUAAAAAUCUGGAGCCCUGGACGUUUGGGAUCUGCAUUUGGCAAGCUGCAACAGGUUACAUUAAUCUGCAUCGACUUGGCCUACUGACGGAAGCCGACGAUGUGCUGGGGAGCUUGGGGACAUGUAUGGAGGGAUUUGUCGGCUUGGGUACUCAUUUUGAAGAAGGUGCGAAAUGGACCCGCGAUCUCUUGGAGGCCACUCGUUGAUUUUGUUUAUAAUGACAUCGUUGUACUGCCACUUGAAAACUGCGCCACUGAAAGAUAUCAUGAAUCCCC